AUGCAGAGGAAGAGCAGCUUCACUGGGCUCCUCAUCACUGCUCUGUGUGCAGUGGCCUCUGGGCUGACCAGCAAAAAGUACUACCAUGUGGAUAAAAUAUUGACCUGGCACGGUGCUCAACAGUACUGCCGAGAGCACUACACUGACCUGGCAUUCAUCAGCAACCAGGAAGAGGCAGAGCUGGUCUUCAACAUUAAAGAAACGACCAAGGUGAUGUGGAUUGGUCUGUACAGAGAUAACAAUGACCCAAUUGGGUGGAAGUGGUCAGGAGGGGAGGACUCAGAGUUCAGGCUUUGGGGAAAAAAAGAACCAAACAAAGAUAAAUCUGAGACCUGCGCCAAUGUGCUUGAUAAUGUAUGGAUUGACACAUCAUGCAAUAAUAAACACACUUUUCUCUGCUAUGGAGGGGAGAGUGAGCUGAUCCUGGUUCAGGAGAAUAAGACGUGGUUGGAGGCUCUGAAGCACUGCAGGAAUCACCACACAGACCUCCCCAGCCUACUCUCUGAGACAGAGCAGCUCCAGGCCCAGAGCAAGAUGAAGGGGACCCAGACGGACCACGUGUGGACGGGCCUGCGCUUCCAUGCCGGCUAUUGGCUGUGGGUGAACGGGGAUGCUCUGGAGUACCAGGCCGGGUUAGGGACCGGGGGAAAGCUGCCCCAGUGCCCAGGCAGUUACCACUGUGGGACCCUGGCCAAAGAAGAAGAGUACUGGGGAAUUAGGGACUGUGAGGAGAUGAUGAAUUUCCUCUGCUACAGAAAGUGAUUUGACUACAUCGGCCAACUGUCUUAUCCAUAUGCCUCCAUGUCAAUUUUGCCAGGUUUUGAAGGUUGAGGAGCAUAUUUUAUU